CUGCCUUUUCGGUAGCGAUCCCCGCCUUAAAGCGAUCGAGCUUGCUACUCGUGGGAGGAGAUGGCGAAAGAGAACUUCAUUACCCAGCCUACUUAGCGGAGAGCGCGGGCUGAUCCCAGAAUGCUCUUCAGCGGCGGCGGCUGUCCCUUUAAAUCCGACUGGUGCCGGGACGUUUCGACUGGUGGUCGUGGCGUAAUCAGAAGCGGGACGACUAGGGUGGACAGGGGAUGGACUGUCCUGCUCGCACUCUGAAAUAGAAGAAAUUGUGCCCUUUAAGACGGGCGGCGGCGGCGGGGACGGGGCUGGGCUGCUGUGACGCGAAUUCCGGGCUCGUCUCCUUCGGCUAGCCGAUCGGCAUGCCGGCUGAGUGAAGGGAUGAGAUUCACGACAAAGUGGCCUUCGUGUACAGCGCGUGGACCGUCUGCUCCGGCGAGAGACUUCACCUCAUUUGUGCCAUGGGCGCUUGGCUCUUCACGGCCGCGGCCUGCCUUCUCUUCUGCCAGGUAGGGGGCAUGACGAGGCGGGAGAAGGCCGAGCUCAGGGAGCAGGUGCUGGAGAUGUUCGACCACGCCUUUGGCAGCUACAUGAAAUACGCCUAUCCUGCUGAUGAGCUGAUGCCCCUGAGCUGCCGUGGCCGCAUCCGAGGUUUCGAACCCAACCGGGGCGACGUUGAUGACUCCUUAGGAAAGUUCUCUCUCACCCUCGUCGACACUUUGGACACUCUGGUGGUCCUCAACAGGCUGGAUGAGUUUGAAGAGGCCGUCCGGAGGGUCAUCCUGGAUGUUCGGUUUGACAAUGACGUGGUCGUCUCUGUGUUUGAGACCAACAUUCGUGUGCUGGGUGGCCUGCUAGGAGGACAUGCCAUGGCCACCAUGCUGAGAGACCGGCCUGCGAGUGAGAGGAUGGCGUGGUACAAAGAUGAGCUGCUGUACAUGGCGAGGGACUUGGGCCACCGGUUGCUGCCAGCGUUCAACACUACCAGCGGCCUGCCGUACCCCCGGGUGAACCUGCGCUAUGGAGUGCUGAACCCACUCUCCAGGACGGGCACAGAGUCGGACACCUGCACGGCCUGCGCUGGCACCAUGAUCCUGGAGUUCGCCGCACUCAGCCGCAUGCUGGGCGAGACUGUCUUUGAGGAACAUGCCCGCCGGGCCCUGGACGUGCUCUGGGAGAAGCGUCAGCGGGGAAGUGACCUCGUGGGGACAGUCAUCAACAUCCACAAUGGAGACUGGGUGCGCAGGGACAGUGGCGUGGGAGCGGGCAUUGACUCCUACUACGAGUACCUGAUGAAGGCCUACAUCCUGCUGGGUGACGGCGUCUUCCUGGAACGGUUUAAUGCGCACUACGCGGCCAUCAUGAAGUACAUCAGCCAGCCGCCGCUCCUCCUCAGUGUCCACAUGCACAACCCUACGGUCAGCGUGCGCGGUUGGAUGGACUCCCUGCUCGCCUUCUUCCCUGGUCUGCAGGUCUUGAGGGGGGACUUGAAGCCCGCUAUCGAGACCCACGAGAUGCUGUACCAGGUCACCAAGAAGCACAAGUUCCUCCCAGAGGCGUUCACCACAGAGUUCCGAGUGCACUGGGGUCAGCACCCCCUGAGGCCCGAGUUUGCAGAGAGCACCUACUUCCUGUAUAAGGCCACUGGAGACCCUCACUACCUGCAGGUGGGCAAAUCCAUCGUGGACAGCCUGAAUGGGCAUGCCCGUGUGCCAUGUGGUUUCGCAGCUGUCCAGGACGUGCGCACUGGCACUCACGAGGACCGGAUGGACUCCUUCUUCUUGGCCGAGAUGUUCAAGUACCUGUUCCUGCUCUUCUCGGAGAAGGCCGACCUGCCCUUCAACAUCGACAACUACGUCUUCACGACCGAAGCCCACCUGCUGCCGGUGACUCUGUCCUCGUCCAGGCCGGCCUGUCCCACCAAUGUCACGGUGGCGGCCCCUGCCGAGGAUGACCCCUUCUCCUACACCUGCCCGAGCCUGCAGACCCUUUUUCCCAACAAUCCCGCCUUUGCUCAGAGGAUCCGUGACCGCUACAAGUACCUGAUUGGAGCUGGUGGGUCACACGGCCCCACAUCAGUCAGGGGGAUUGAGCUACCCCUCCAUGACAGUGGUCUGGAGCCCAUUGAGCUCCUCAAGAGCAUGGGCAUCACACUGAUGGCAAUGGGCGAGGGCAGCGGCAGGGAGUCGGGCACGCCAGGACAGCAGGCUAUGCCAGCUCCUGAAGGCGGGGUGUACCGGGUGAAGUUGGUUGCCGAGGUGCUGCCCGCCCCAGAAUCUGAGACGCUUGUGCCCAUGGCCGUUCAGAUAAUUUCGCCACCAUUCCUGGGGAGGACCGUACUGACUGCUGGACCGGCCAAGUUUGGCAUGGACCUUUCCAAGAACGAGCAUGGGGUCAAGGGGAGAGUCGUCCGGAGCGCCCCCUACUCUGCCUGCGGUCCCCCGACCAAUGGCGCAGAGCUUCAGGGGCACAUCGCACUGGCAGUGCGUGGAGACUGCAUGUUUGCGGUGAAGGCUCGCCACCUGCAGGAGGCGGGUGCCAUUGGGGCCAUCUUUAUAGACCACAGUGAAGGCACCAGCAGCGAGGAGACCCCCCUGUUUCAAAUGGUUGGCGAUGGCGGCCCCGUUGAUGGCAUCUCCAUUCCACUCGUGUUCCUCUUCAGCAAGGAGGGUCGGGUCCUCCUGAAGGCCGUAGACGAGCACCACAACGUCGACGUGCUUUUGGUGUCCAGACACAAGCAGCUUGGCCAAGAAGGCAAGGCGGCCCAUCGGGCCAUCGCUAUGAACAUCAAGAUCCGCAUGGCAGACGAGAGUGACGCGGGCCCUCAGUCUGCAGAUGACACGGCCACCAUUGAGCUGCUGCUUACCACAGAGGGAACGAGUGGCAUGUGCCAGGAAAGUGCGGGUGGCUGUAAAGGACUGCAGGAGCAGCAGGGGGGAGGGGCAUCAGCUGACCCAUCCGAGUGCCAAAGCCCUUGACCGGCCGCUGGGCUAGAGGCCAUGCCUAAAGGGCAUGCAAGGCCUUCAGUAGUGCUGCGCCCAUUCAGGCAUCACCAGCCUCUCUGUGGUGAAGUGAUACCGGGUGCAGCUGCCUUACGGGAGCCGAGACCCUCGUGGCCUUCGACCCUCUGCCAGCUGCUCCCUGGGCUGUGGGGUGGCCAUGACGUGCCUCCGAGUGGUGCCGCCGGUCCAGCUGUUGGAAGAUGUGUGGCGUCCAUGGUGCCCUGCCCAGUUGGAGUGUGAUGCCCUCUGCUGGACAGAUCUCUCCACACAUGUCCCUGCUGGCGCUGGCAAUGACGAUGACGCGCCUUUGAGGUGACCCCUUUUAGUUUUGUGUUCCAUUGGAGGUUCCACAGUAAGAAACGUUGAUGGUGACCGGGCUGGCCGUUUUUUUUUUUUUUU